GGUGAGUUGGUCAUUAGAAUUGUUUUGUAGCCGGUGCUCGUUGCAUAGUGCAGUGCGUUGGAGGGCGCGUUGAUUGCAUGUCGAUGUUAGGUUCACGAUAAUGUUUACGGAAGGCAAGGUUUUACAGUCGUAAUGUUUAUAGCUAGUUGUGUUGUGAUUUGUAGUCGUGUUUGCCGUGUUUUCCGGCCAUAAUAUUGUGUUUUCAUAAUUAAUUUUAUAUUAUUGUGGAGAAAAGAAAUUAUUCGAUGAUCUGUUGAAGGAUAAUUGUGUAACGUCACAAUGCUUGGUGGAAGUGUCCUCUGGUUCCGUCACGGGCUGCGUCUCCAUGACAACCCGUCUCUUCACUCUGCGCUGGAAGAGAAGGGAUUCCCUUUCUUCCCUAUCUUUAUCUUCGAUGGAGAAACUGCUGGUACUAAACUGGUUGGCUACAACCGUAUGCGGUAUCUCCUGGAAGCUCUCGAUGACCUGGACAGCCAGUUCAAGAAGUUUGGAGGCAGGCUUAUUAUGCUGAAGGGAAAGCCUAAUGUCGUAUUCCGAAGACUUUGGGAGGAAUUCGGCAUCCGUAAGCUCUGCUUCGAGCAAGACUGCGAGCCAGUAUGGCGGGCGCGCGAUGACAGCGUGAAGAGCGCCUGCAAGGAGAUCGGCGUGGUGUGCCGGGAACAUGUCUCUCAUACUCUAUGGGAGCCCGAGACUGUCAUCAAAGCUAAUGGGGGGAUUCCGCCGCUUACUUACCAGAUGUUUUUGCAUACGGUAGCAACUAUUGGUGAUCCCCCGCGCCCAGUCCCCAACAUCGACUUCACGGGAGUCAAAUUUGGUAGCCUCCCCGAGUGCUUCUACCAAGAGUUUACGGUCUACGAUAAGACUCCUAAACCUGAAGACCUAGGCGUGUUCCUUGAGAACGAGGACAUCAGGAUGAUUCGUUGGGUGGGCGGAGAGACCACCGCGCUUAAGCAGAUGCAACAACGUCUGUCUGUCGAAUAUGAGACAUUCCUCAGGGGUUCGUAUUUGCCGACCCAUGGCAACCCUGACUUAUUGGGACCACCGAUAUCUUUGAGCCCUGCGCUGCGAUUUGGAUGUCUCUCAGUGAGGAGCUUCUACUGGGCUGUGCAAGAUCUUUUCCGUCAAGUGCAUCAGGGUCGUCUCACCACCAAUUCUGCAUCUCAUUUUAUUACAGGUCAGCUAAUCUGGCGCGAAUAUUUCUACACGAUGAGCGUGAACAACCCUAACUAUGGCCAAAUGGCUGGCAAUCCUAUCUGCUUGGAUAUCCCCUGGAAGAAUCCUGAAGGGGAUGAGUUGCAGAGAUGGGUAGAAGGCCGCACCGGUUUCCCGUUCGUGGACGCAGCAAUGCGUCAGCUGCGCACGGAAGGCUGGUUGCACCAUGCGGCGCGUAACACUGUGGCCUCGUUCCUCACUAGAGGCACGCUGUGGCUGUCGUGGGAACACGGCCUUAAUCACUUCUUGAAGUAUCUGCUGGAUGCUGAUUGGUCAGUCUGCGCCGGCAACUGGAUGUGGGUAUCAUCAUCAGCGUUCGAGGCUCUGCUGGACUCGGGCGAGUGCGCGUGCCCCGUGCGGCUGGGGCAGCGCCUCGACCCCAGCGGCGAGUACGUGCGCCGAUACGUGCCCGAGCUAGCGCGCAUGCCGGUGGAGUAUAUUUACGAGCCGUGGAAGGCGCCUAUCGACGUACAAGAGCGAGCCACCUGCGUCAUCGGCAAGGACUACCCGGCGCCCGUCGUCAACCACUUGGUGGCUGCUCAGAGGAACAAGAACGCUAUGAAGUGGUUGAGCCGCACUGUCGCCGACCGACUGCAGAAGGACAGUUGGCUCGACAUAGUCGGGGAACUCCGUCAUAUGUUACAAAAGGCGCCUCCCCACUGCUGCCCGUCCUCAGAAGACGAGAUCCGACAAUUCAUGUGGCUCAACGAGUAAGCACGAACGGAUUUAGACUCUAUUGUCACGCAGUAAAGGUUAAAAUUAAGACAAACGGCAUAUCGAGGUAAGAUAUUGUGAAGUAAGAUUUUAAUGUACCAAAUACUAGAUCGUGUUUGUGUUUAGGUAUGUGUAUUAGGAUUUUUUUCUAUACAGAGCUUGUACAAUAAUUUCACCUAAAAUCAAGAGAAAAACGUUGAAUGAAUUUUCUAGAAACUUGAAUUUAGUACAGGCCUAAAUUUACUUCAGUGGAAUCAAUGCAAUAUAGUUGCAUUUUUAUACCUACCCUUCGUGGUAUUGUAGUUCCUAAUCCAAAUAAAGUGUUUUCAGUAAAAAAAUAUCUAUAUUUUUGUUAAUGUUAAGUUUCAUGGUGCAAACUAUAUAGUUUAUUUUCAUAGAUCUGUUUUGAGUACAAGAUAUUAAUAUAAUAAAAAAAAAGUUAUUUUAUAGUCACAGUGGCUUCCAUUAUACCAUUAACAAAAAAAAUAUAGGUGGCUUAUUCGCCAUUUUACAUAACAUUUAACUGAUUUUCAAAUGUAAUAGCGCCUUGAAACUUGUUACUUUCAUAGAAGAAGCCGCUGUGAGCAUUUUGUUACAAUGCUUGUCGGUCAAUCCAACCCAGUUGUCAUUGUAUCACCAAAGUUUUAAUAACAAAAUAUACCUAAAUAUUAUACCUAAGUAAAAUGUUCGUAUUAAUGUCCUAAGUAGAAUAAAUAUAGAUGAUUUAUAAAUAUCAAAGAUUUGGUAAAGUGAUAGAAUGUGUGAUGCUGAAUAAUUUUUUAAGGUUUCUCCAAAAUAUUCGAAGUAUUGCAACUACCUCUGAUAUGUAGGUACUCUUUUUCGAAUAGGACAGCAAAAUAUAUUAUUUUUGUUUCUUUAUAGGUGUAUAUCUUAUUUCUGGCCCAAAAUGAAAUGUAUUUUGAAAAUUUUGUAGUCUUGAGACUCUUUAUGUUUAUGAAAUAUGUAUGUCUGUUAUUGCUCUAAGUAUGUGUAACACAGUCUAGUCUUUCUUUAGAAUUAAUUGGCUAUUCAUUAAAA